ACUUCCGGACUCCCAGGUAGGGAGGAGCCCCGAGUCAGCACUGCCAACUGCCCUAACACCGAACACUCAGCCAGUGUGGAAAAAGCAACCAGCCUGGGGUUCCCUCCCCUGCCUUGGGGUGCAUCUGCUCAAACUCUUCUGGCCCCUCAAGCAGAAAUGGUGUGGGAUCUGGGCCAGACCCCUCUUGCAGUGACUCAAAGCUGCCAGCUGAACUGGAAGGACAGGGUGGAUGACCCUUAGCCUCCUCUCCCUUCUGAACUGGUUCACACCACCGCGGUGGCUUCAGUCCCAGGUGCCUUCAUCUUUUCUCUGUGACUCCCCUUCACUUUGCUUCUCAUACUCCCUCUGGUUUGCCUGCCUUCCUCUUCAGCGGUGGGACACAAGGCUGGACCAAGGCCUCCAGGGAAGAGCUCUGCCAUCAAGGAAGGCAGCACAGGGCCAGGGCCCGCCUAUGGACCCUUCUCAGGACAACCCAACGGUACCAGCAGGACUGCUCUCCUAAGCCACAGAGGGUCUGGGCUCGCCAGCCUUCAGGAAGAGCCAUGGUGUUUAGGAGGGGCAGGGGCAGCUCCCAGCAGUGGCCUGGCCUGGGAGGGGGCAGUGGUUGCACAGGCCACCUAGUCAUGCUCAGGACUGCACUGCUGCUUUUCAGCCUGCCAUGGGGGGCCUGGGGAACAGCCAGUGCCAACCUCAGCACGGCUCUGGGCCAUACUGUGCCACUGACAGAGGGCCGCUACUUGAGCAUUGGGGAUGGCUCUGUGAUGGAGUUUGAGUUCCCAGAGGAGAGCGAGGGCAUCAUUGUGAUCUCGAGCCAGUACCCAGGCCAGGGCAACAGGACGGUGCCAGGCCCCACGCUAAGAGUCACCUCCCUGGACACAGAGGUGCUGACCAUCAAGAAUGUGAGUGCCAUAACCUGGGGUCGGGGGGGCGGCUUUGUGGUGAGCAUCCACUCAGGCCUGCCUGGGCUAGCCCCACUCCACAUCCAGCUCGUGGAUCCCCACAAGGCCCCACCUAUGCUGAUUGAGGAUCGGAGAGAUUUCUGCAUCAAGGUCUCGCCUGCUGCCGAAGACACCCCUGCCACCCUUGGCGCCGACCUGGUCCACUUCUCAGAGAACCCAAUACUCUACUUGCUCCUGCCUCUUAUCUUUGUCAACAAGUGUUCGUUCGGGUGCAAAGUGGAGCUCAAGGUUCUGAAGGGGCUCCUGCAGAGCCCCCAGCCCAUGCUGUUGGGCCUCCUGGGUCAGUUUCUGGUCAUGCCCUUCUAUGCUUUCCUGAUGGCCAAGGUCUUCAUGCUGCCCAAGGCCCUGGCUUUGGGCCUCAUCAUCACCUGCUCGUCGCCUGGCGGCGGGGGGAGCUACCUCUUCAGCCUCCUCCUUGGAGGGGAUGUCACUCUGGCCAUCUCCAUGACUUUCAUCUCAACCGUGGCUGCCACUGGUUUCCUGCCACUGUCCUCAGCCAUCUACAGCCACCUGCUCAGCAUCCAUGAAACACUCCACGUGCCCAUCUCCAAGAUCCUGGGGACCCUGCUGUUCAUCGCCAUCCCCAUAGCAGCAGGCGUAGUGAUCAAGUCCAAGCUCCCCAAGUUCUCCCAGCUGCUGCUGCAGGUUAUCAAGCCCUUCAGCUUUGUGCUGCUCCUGGGUGGCCUCUUCCUGGCCUACCGCAUGGGGGUCUUCAUCCUGGCAGGCGUCAGGCUGCCCAUCGUGCUGGUGGGCCUCACAGUGCCCCUGGUUGGCCUCCUGGUGGGCUACGGCCUGGCCACAUGCCUGAAGCUGCCAGUGGCCCAGCGGCGGACAGUCAGCAUUGAGGUAGGGGUGCAGAACAGCCUGCUGGCCUUGGCCAUGCUGCAGCUGUCCCUCCGCCGCCUUCAAGCCAACUAUGCCUCCCAGGCCCCCUUCAUCGUGGCACUGAGUGGCACCUCAGAGAUGCUGGCCUUGGUCAUUGGCCACUUCAUCUAUAGCAGCCUGUGCCCAGUUCCCUGAGGCCCCUGGGUCAAGCUUUUGCCACCCCUAGCCCCCACCCUCCACCCACUGUCCCCACAGUUCUUGUGUACCAAAGGCCUUUAGUUCUCAUGCACUAUGCACUCACAAAAGUCCAGGCUGAUUUUUUUUUACUGGUUUUUUAUUCUCCAGCUUUCAGUGCCAAAGAGGCUAUGCUGACUUAGGUAGGUAGGCACUGCCCAGAAAAUAUAUUUCAAUAAAAGAGAGAAGCAAGCUUGGG